UGCCACUAGGCGGCUAACCGCACACACUUUAGCCUAAGGCUAAGCUUAGCUAAUCCGUUCGAUAUUUUUCUUCUGAGAAGGCAAAGGCUUAAGCAAAAGAAGUUGUUGAAGUCCUAUGGCGCACUCUGUAUUCUCUACUCCAAUUUGUUCCUUGAAAUCUUCAAACAGGCCGGGGAUAGUGACCAGCAAUUCGGUCGACCGAAAGGCUUUCCAGAUAAUCGAAGCAUGUCAGAAUUCUAAAGCUCGCAACUUACAGUCUUUCGAGAUCAAGGCCACUGAUGAUACUCAAAGUAACACCAAAGUAAAGAGCAUCAUUUGUUCUAAUUGUGAAGGAAAUGGUGCCGUAUUAUGUUCUCAGUGCAAAGGAACUGGAGUUAAUUCUGUAGAUCACUUCAACGGGCAGUUUAAAGCUGGUGGACUAUGUUGGCUUUGCAGGGGUAAGAAACAGGUUUUGUGUGGAGAGUGUAAUGGAGCUGGUUUUCUGGGCGGAUUCUUGAGUUCAUUUGAUGAUUAAAAGUUGCAAGAUUGCCUAUAGAGAGAAAAGGUGGAUCAAAAUGCUCCUCUGUUGAUUUUAUUUUUUCUUUUUAAUAUUGCCAUGUGUAAUUGUGCCUGUAAGAAACAGCUUCUGUUUCCCGGUUUAAUAUCACUUUGUAUUGGUUGAUGAUUGUGUUUCCAUUCAGUGAAUACCUGCCAGAUUUUUCCAUUA